AUGAGAAUCCGAUUGCAGGUCCUGAGGCAUCAGCUGCCGCCGACAAAGGUCUUGUGGAAGGUCGAUGGUGCAACCACCACGGCCGAGCUGCUCACUCAGAUCAGCGACUUCUUCCCUCUUGAAGCUGCAGGAUGGGGGCUGGAAGAUUACGCUGUCCACCUUGGUGGUUAUGAGCUGUUGCACUUUCAGCAGUUGGCCGACGUCUUGAAGGAAGAUGAUGAGAUUGUCAUCCAGCCACUCCAGACCAACGACAUCCGCGCCAGAAACCUUGCAGGCAGACACCAAAUCUCAAAAGACGGCAGACAUCUCGUCGACGGUAUCGCUUUCGGAAGACCUCUACUACGUGCCCCAUCUCACGCUCCCAUCCACAUCCCUCCUCGCAAACGUGCCAGGCUAGAUCCUGAACUGGAAGAGUCGGACGCUGCUUUACAACUUGGCGACUAUGGUCCGCCUCCCUCUGCUCCUGAGUUUGCUGUACGUACCAAGUCUCAGAAACACGUCACCUUCAGUCCAGAAUUCAUGGAAGCCGACUACAAAGACAACGGCGACAUGGUCUUUGACGAUUAUGACCAUGGAGAUGAUGACGAGGAUGAUGACUUCGAGCCUCCAUCUGACGACGAGUUCGAUCAAGGAGAAGACGAAAUCAUGAAACUGCUUGAAGACAGAGACAAGAAGUCGCAUGGCGGCGAAGACGAAACCACCGACGAGUCGUCGAGCGACAGUGAUAGCGAUACUGACGACUCGGAUGACGAUGAUGCUGGCGGCAGCGGUUCCGAUAGUGACGCACCCUCUGAAGAGCCCAUCAAGAAACAGACCGACAGUACUGUUCAGCCACCUUCCGCACCGAAGCCUACCACCGCUCCACCCCCGAAACAAGCACCACCCAGUGACGGCAAACAGCGGACUCGUGCUAGGAACCGACGUCGUCGCGAUGCAAAGAAGCUUACCUGGCUCAAGUCGACUGGCAAAUUACCCGAAUCUGCCACUCGUCAGGAUCUAAAGAAAUGGAGAGAGGAUCAAGUAGGACAGGACCACACAACUGAUGCAGACUCCGAUUCGGACGAUGAAAGCUCGUCUAGUUCAGAGUCUGAUUCUAGCUCCGACUCCGACUCUGAUUCCGAACCUGAGACAGUGCAAACGCAGAAAGUUGUUCCACCUGCAGUCAAGAAGCCAGUGGCCAUGAUCCCCAGACAGUUGAAAGUGAAGCCAAAGGGCAAGAAGCCUGUCACAGAAGACAAGUCUGAGGAGUUCAGUCAGAAGCGAGAAGCACUUCUCGCCGCUUUGCAAUCUGGUGGUAUCGACGUCGAUCACGAUCUAUCUGCUCCAUCAGAGGAUACCGUCAUGGCCAAUGCCGAUCUCAAUACACUGUAUGUUGGCGAUGACAGUCCACCCGCGCAACCGGAGCCCCGUAGAGCCAGGCUCGACAUUGCAAGCUCCAACCGCCUUCUGUUCAACUCCCUUGGCGUCCGCGCUCCCAAGAACGACGCCGAUAGACAACGCCUACAGGCCAAACUCGCACAGCCUACACGCAAGCCAGUCACAAAAUCUGCCCCUGCUACUGCCGCCUCCAUUGAGCAGCCUUCAUCCGCCGAGGAGGACCAAGAUCCCACCGACAUCGAUGCCUGGAAGUCCAAAAUCUCCCUCUCCGCCGUUGAAUGCGCGCCCGGAUCAGAGGAAUACUACUACUCUACUCCGUCAUUUCCGUUCUAUCAGCGUUGGGACCCCAGUCAGCGUACCAAGAAGCGCAAGCGUAACUCUCAAGCCUUCGAUUCAGCCAAGCUUCAACGCACUGAGGGAGAUAUUGACAACAGCUACAGCGACUACUACAAUGAUGGUGCAGAUGGAGAUGCUUUGAACUAUGGCGAUGAUGACGACGACACCGCUGGCGCUGCCCAGGAAGCCGAUCAGGAAGCGGCUACUGCACAGCUGCUGGCUGAAUCUUCGGAUGCCGCCGACCUGCCUGCUUUACCAUCCGAUCUGACCACACUGCCUCCUCUGACGCCAGAAACUAUUGUCCCGGGUGCUAUCAUCACCUUUGCACGCUUCGAGGUUUCAGCCGCCACCAAUUGGGCACCAGCAAUGUCACCUGUGCGCACCGCUUCCAUCCAGCAUGUCUCUGACAACAAGACUUUGGGAUUGCAGUUGGCCAAGCGUGACAUUCCUGGCAAGCAGUAUGACAGCCAAGGCCGCAGACUGUUCGAUAAGUUCGAGAUGAUCACUGGUGAUGAGGAAGACGGAGAAGAGGAUGUUGGUUUCUUGGAAGUUGAACUGGCCGAAUUGAUCGAUGCUAGACUGCUUCAGGCUGCUGAGGUUGCUCAAAAGACCGUUGGUGUUGAUGAGCAAGGUGGAAUUGAGGAGAAGGGCGAGGAACAGAUGAUUGGCAUUGCUUUGUGAGAAUACCCAAUUGCGCUAUGAUAAAUAAGGAGCAGGAAGCUUCAUCCA